CACCACCCACCCCGGCCACCCACCACCCACGUUCUAGAAAGUCACUCCUCACAGCAACUUUUUCAACAACCUUUUAAUCAUCUAGCAAAAAUGGUCGACGCCAAGCAGCUCGAGGCCCACCUCUCCACCCGCUCGUACAUUGACGGCAACGCCCCCUCGACGGCCGACGUCGCCGUCUUCGAGACCGUCAAGCUCAGCGGUCUCGACGGCUUCCCCCACACCGCCCGCUGGUACAAGCACAUUGCUUCGCACGCUGGUGAGACCUCGGCCUUCGCCGCCGGCAAGGUCCCCUUCGAGGGUGUUGCCGCUGUUGCCGCCGCCGCCCCCGCCGCCGCCGCUGAGGAGGAGGACGACGACGACGUCGACCUCUUCGGUGAGGACGACGAGGAGGACGCCGAGGCCGAGCGCCUUAAGCAGGAGCGCGUUGCCGCCUACAACGCUGCCCGCAAGGCCAAGGAGGACGAGAAGAUCGCCGCCGGCAAGACCCUCGCCGUCGCCAAGUCGGUCGUCACCCUCCAGGUUAAGCCUUGGGACGACGAGACCGACAUGAAGGAGCUUGAGGCUGGUGUCCGUGCCAUUGAGAAGGAGGGCCUCGUCUGGGGUGCCUCCAAGCUCGUCCCCGUCGGCUACGGCAUCAAGAUGCUCCAGAUCACCCUCGUUAUCGAGGACGCCAAGGUCUCGCUCUCGGACCUCGAGGAGGAGAUCCAGGAGCUCGAGGACUACGUCCAGUCGACCGACGUUGCCGCCAUGCAGAAGCUCUAAGCUUUCUACUCACUCCUAUGCAUCCCGCAGGAGAUGUUAGUUGUGUUAUAGUACGAGAUCGUGAUGUCAGCGAUGCUCCAAAAUAUGCCCCCCCACCCAAAAUGCAUUGUUGCAGAAUAGAGCAAA